GUUUGCUGUGCAUCUCUGAAUAAAUCGGAAAAUUGCUCGGCCUCACACAUGCUAUAAAAACCCGUUGAUUUUCGAUAGUCUCAACACAACCUCUCUCAUUGUAGAACUUGUACCUCUCAUUUCAAUUCUAUCUACAAUGCCUUACAACGUCACCCCCAUUCCCGAUGUCGAUGAUGACCAGAAAUUACAGCAAUACAUCCAAGAUAGACGUGUCAUUGGUUAUGACCCCCUCGUUCAGCCUGCUUUGCUCAGGCAUGAAGUUCAGCCCACAUCGGCUUCACAGCUUACAGUUGCAGCUGCCCGUUACAACGCCGCUCGCAUUGUAGCGGGUCAGGACGACCGUAUCCUCGUCAUUGUUGGUCCCUGCUCCAUUCACUGUGCAGACCAAGCUAUUGAGUAUGCCAACUUGCUCAAAUCCAAAAUGCCAACAUGGGAUAAUCUCCUCAUUGUAAUGCGCGCGUACUUCGAGAAACCUAGAACCACCGUUGGAUGGAAAGGUCUCAUCAACGACCCCGAUAUCGAUGGUUCUUACAAGAUUAACAAGGGUCUUCGAGUAGCUAGGCAGCUUCUCUGUGACCUUACUGAUAUCGGUGUCCCCGUCGGUUCCGAACUACUCGACACCAUCUCGCCUCAAUAUAUUGCUGACCUUAUCUCCUGGGGAGCGAUUGGAGCCCGAACAACGGAGUCUCAACUUCACCGCGAGCUCGCUUCCGGUGUUUCUUUCCCUAUAGGAUUCAAGAAUGGCACUGAUGGAAGUGUCACAGUCGCUAUUGAUGCAAUGCGUUCCGCCUCAAACCCUCACGCCUUCAUGGGUGUGACGGAACAGGGUCUUGCUGCUAUCGUCAAGACAAGAGGAAACCAGGAUGUGCAUGUCAUCCUCCGUGGUGGCACCAAGGGUCCGAAUUACGCAUCCGAGCAUGUUCGUGCGGCAUCAAAAUCAAUUGAAAAAGCGCGCCCAACGAACCAUGCCAGCCUUAUGGUUGACUGUAGCCACGGCAAUUCGCAGAAGAACCACAACAAUCAACCCAAAGUAGUCGAUGACAUCUGCUCUCAGCUCGCUCUUGGCGAUAGAAAUAUCACCGGCGUGAUGAUCGAGUCCCAUAUUAACUCGGGACGCCAAGAUGUUCCCGCUGAGGGUCCCUCUGCCCUGAAAUAUGGUGUUUCUAUCACCGACGCAUGUGUGGAUUGGGAGUGUACUGUGGGCAUGUUGGACAGGCUUAAUGCAGCUGUCAAGGCACGUCGUACUUUCCUCUUGGAGCAAGGCCUACAACGGCCAGCUGGUUUCCGACGUGAAGCCCCUCCUUCGCCGUGAAUUUAGGUUUCCUUUGUAACUUGCUGGGUGCUUUGUUUCAUGUCCACAUGUGUUGUAUUUUAGCGUGUCACACUACUUCCUCUAUCGUCCAUAGUAUUAGAUCUUUAGACGGAGGGCCCCUCUAUUGCUGUAGUAGCAUCGAAGCCUCGCGGUUAAACUAUUCUUAUGCUUUAUCUUUUGUUAUCCAGAACAUGAUACGAUAUAAUAUAAAAAUGUUUCUGGCUGAUUCAUGUACCACAAUAUCAUUUGGGUGGUUUGCGAAGUCA